AUGAGCCAAGUUAUCGUCCACCACCAAACGCGCGCAGAGAUCACUCAGAUCCAAACAAAGGGCUUGACCCUCUUUGACACUCUAUACAAUUCUCUCGUCCUUCGUCACACUCUUCCCUACCUCCCCGUAUCAGGUCUUUUGAACCUCGCCGCAACCUGUCGCGAUAUUCGCUACCUCCUCCACGAAACGCCCGGUGUCUUUCGUCACAUCGACCUUACACGAGUCAAGACAGCGCAUUGUGAAGACGCCCAUAAAGAAACAGAGCGCAAUCUUGCAGUCUGGCAUAAUGUCACUCUUUCUGACUACCUGACUGAAGAUGACUUCUACGCCGGGCCCUUGAGGGGCAUCUUCUCUACCCUACGACAACGCGAUAUUCUUCGUGAUGUCCAAUCUCUAAUCCUCGACGGACUCUCCGUCACAGCUGAGCUGUGCCAUGAGAUCAUCAACGAUCCGUCAUACAGCGUGCGCAUGCUCUCGAUCCGCGGCGUCAAUAACCUGAACCAUGGCAAGCUUCGCGCAGCGCUAGCAUACGCCUGUCGCAGCUCACGCCCAGAGAACACCCCACGACUCAAAGCAGUCUACGUCUUCGGCCCCAUGCCCUGCGAUGAAAAUUCCCAGGACUCUGCCGAUGCUUGGUGGUCUACAAAGGGCCGUGUCCUCAACAGCACCAGCGACAUGGACGACUGGGCGCAGUGCCUGGUCGCCUGCCAGGGCCUAAUCUCCUUCGACGCAGUGCUCUGCCAGGGUCCUCGCCACGCCAACUCACCGGCCUUCGGGUCCUGCAGCGUCUCCUCGCCGUGCAGCCCAGCGGUCGCUACGUUCUCCGUGGGUGGCUGCGCGGGCUGUGGCAAAGCGCCAGAGGGUGUCAUGACGGCUAAGACACACUGCUCUUCGCUGCCGCUACUAGCUCCGCCGCCGAUCCUCUCGUCAUCCGUGCAGGCUGCCACGACACCGCGCCCGGGACAUGAGGAGUUCGUACCGAGUGCAAUGACUGUAUUGAACGCACGCAAAAGUUUUGCAAAAAGUGCGGCGGCGGAUACUGUCUCAUUCACAAUGAAGGAUCAUCAAGCGCCUUUUGCGACUGGUGUUUCUGUCGAGGUCGCGGUCUCAGACGAGUCUGAUGCACCACGCAUAUGA